AUGGCGACUGCAAGAGGAAAUGAUUUAGCACAGCAUAUUCGACGUAUAACGGAUGUUGCUUUAGAACCACAUCAAUAUCUUCUACCAAUUUGUGGUUAUGAAAAAUUACCGCUUGUUCCACUCGAGAUAGCUAUUGAAGAACUUGUCGAGUUUCUACCAAAUGUUCAAAGUUUUGCUUAUGUAGCUAAGCAACGAUGCGAAGAACCUGCUGAUGGACUUACACAAGAUGAAUCAGCUGCUAUAAUGCUUUAUUCUAUGGGAUGGGAACCAAUUGAUGAACGUCUUUACUUUGUGUUAAACCAGACUUUACGAUCACCAGAUCGACGAAAAAUGAAUCCUUGGCUACUCUAUUUAAGGCUAUUUCUCAGUGGACUCUUUCGUCUUCCAUCAGUUAGUCGAACUGUUUAUCGUGGUGUGAAAUUAAACUUGAGCAAAUCAUAUAGUAUGGAAAAAACAAUAGUAUGGUGGGGAUUUUCAUCAUGCACUACCUCAUUAAAUGUUUUACAAUAA